AUGGAUAAUCCGAACCUCAAGGUCCUUAUCGUCGGUGCAGGUGUCGGUGGGCUGGCCCUUGCGAUCCUCCUCGAGAAAGCCGGUAUUGCCUACGAGGUUUAUGAACGAGCCUCCAAAGUUCGCCCUCUGGGGUCGGCAGUCCAACUGAACGCAAAUAUCCUGCCGCUCUUCGAGCAGCUGGGUAUCUUUGAUCAGAUCUGGAAAAUAGGCAAACCCGUCAGGCGCACCAGGGUCGUGGGCGAUAGGCUCCAAAACCUUGGAUCCAUCGAGGCAGCAGAAGUCGAGGCUAGAAUGGGCUAUCCAAGCGUGAUCGUCGCUAGACCUGAGCUGUACGACAUCUUGCUCUCCCAAGUUCCCGCCUCCAAGAUCCACAUGAGCAAGAAGAUUACUGCUGUCGAACAAGACCUCUCUUCUUCCGCCGCUCCAGGUACAGGUGUCAAGAUCACCUGCUCUGAUGGCACCGCGGCACAGGGUGACAUCCUCGUUGGUGCUGACGGUGCCUACAGCGUGGUUCGCGAUCAUAUCUACAAUGAUCUUCUCGCCCAAAACCGUCUCCCUGCUUCGGACGCGCAAGAAUUAUCGUUCACUCACACGUGCCUUGUCGGGACCACGAAGCCGCUGGAUCCUGAAAAGUUCCCUAUUGUCAGGGAAGCGGAUGCAAGACAUAUGAUCCUGGUGAGUCCAGAGAAGCGGUACUCUGUCUGGUGCUUCCUCGUGUCGGAAAAUAGGAUCUGCUGGUUCGUGACGCUGCAGUUGGAGCGAGCCUCGAGUAAAGCCAGGGAGGAAAAGAUUGUCAACAAUUCCGAAUGGGGACCUGAGGCGGCCGAGGCCAUGUGCCAGCAGGUGAAGAAUUUCAAGAUGCCCUACGGUGGAGAGCUGGGUGACCUGAUUGAGCAGACAGACAAAGGUUUGAUUUCAAAGGUUAUGCUGGAGGAGAAGCAUUUCAAGACGUGGUACGAUGGACGGUCUGUGUUGAUUGGGGAUGCAUGCCACAAAAUGCUUCCGAGUGGAGGUCAAGGUGCUAUCAACGCCAUGCACGACGCCAUCAUCCUCGCCAACAUGAUCUACGAUAUUCCCAAGAACACCCCUCAGGAGAUCACGAAUGCGUUCAAAAAGUACCAGGACAAGAGGUUCUCACAUGCAGAGUAUCAUAUCAACACCAGCAAGCAGCUCGGCAAGAUUCUUAUGGGAGUCAGCGUCUGGGACCGCAUUCUACGCAAGAUUGCGUUGAAUUAUGUACCAAAGUUUUUGGUCCGCAAGGCUAUGGAUGAAAUGGGUGUUUAUCAACCCCAGGCAGGCUUCUUGCCCUUAUUUCCUCAUAAGGGCUUUAUCAAACCGCUGCCUCAAGAGCCCUGCAAGAGGUAUCUCGAGAAGUUGAGACUGGAGGAAGGACUGCAGAAUCCAAAGCAAAAUAACCAAGAGGAACAAGAGCAGAUCGAACCACAAUCGACGGCAGCUGUAGUCGUCUAG